GUCACAGUUUGUUUGGAGUUUUGUGUCAUGGCGAAGCAAAAGCUUGUGUGGAAGGAAAUUAUCUGAUUUUUCGAGUGAAGAGGAAGAUAAACGAAAGCCAAAAUGUUGCGUCGGGGUGGGAAGCGCAUCCGUAUGGAUGAGCCACCACCAGAGUAUGAUGCACCACCCAUGACUCCAAUGACACCAGCAUCAGAACUGCAGGAACCCUAUACACCUUAUACACCUUACACUCCAGCUGCUGAGACGCCUCUUCACCACCCUGAUUAUCAGAUGGGCUACAACCAGUCCUAUGACCAGCCAGUCCAUCACCAGCCCCCGCAGACGCCUCAGCAGCAGCAUAUUUAUGGUCACCAGGAAUAUGAUCAGCAGCAACAACAGCAGCAGCAGCAACAACAACAACAAGCCUACCAGCAACAGCAGCAGCAAAAUGUUUAUCAAAACAUCUAUGAACAACAGCCCCCACAGACUCCAACACCUCAUUAUCAACAACAACACACUCCUCAGGCACAUGUGGAGCCGGAGCCAGAGCCAGAGCCAGAAAUGGAGCCUGAGGAGCAGGAUGAGGACAUGGACCAUGAUGCAGAGUCUGACAUAGAUGCCCAUGAGGAGGAGGACCAGCAGCCGGCCCAGAAUUAUGAGCCAAUCCCAAGGUUGACAAUUUCCAUCCGUGGGAGAGGCAGAGGUCGCGGACGAGGCAGGAUUGCUACCAUUAAAAAGAUUGGAGAUCAGAUUGUUGGAGAGCCACCACGCAAGAGAGGAAGGCCUGGCAGAAAGCCUAUUACUGAGGUCAUGGCUGAAGAUGAACAGUCUCUGUAUUUUAUUGUGAGAAAUGGAAGAACAGCCUUAGCGCAAGUGGUUGAUGAUUGGAUAGACUCUUACAAGGAUAACCGUGAUGGAGCAUUGCUACAGCUUAUGCAGUUCUUCAUCAAUGCUGCUGGUUGCAAGGGCAAGAUCACACCACAUAUGCAGGCUACCAUGGAACAUGCUGAGAUUAUCAGGCGGAUGACAGAGGAAUUUGAGGAGGAAAGCGGUGAGUAUCCAUUAAUCCAGAGCGGUCAGCAGUGGAAGAAGUUUCGCAGUAACUUCUGCGAGUUUGUGCAGCUUUUGGUGAAACAGUGUCAGUACUCCAUUAUCUAUGACCAGUACCUUAUGGACAACGUCAUCUCUCUCCUCACUGGCCUCUCUGACUCCCAAGUCAGAGCUUUUCGACACACAGCAACACUCGCAGCCAUGAAAUUGAUGACGGCAUUGGUGGAUGUUGCUCUGACGGUGUCUGUCAACCUUGAUAACACUCAGCGCCAGUAUGAGUCAGAGAGACAGAAGUCUCGUGAGAAACGUGCAUCUGACCGCCUUGAAUCAUUGAUGUCAAAAAGACAAGAACUGGAAGAAAACAUGGAUGAAAUCAAGAACAUGCUCACAUAUAUGUUCAAGUCUGUCUUUGUUCAUAGAUACAGGGACACACUACCUGAAAUCCGCUCCAUCUGUAUGGCAGAAAUUGGCUUGUGGAUGAAGAAAUUCCACCAAAACUUUUUGGAUGACUCGUACCUGAAAUACAUUGGUUGGACACUUCAUGAUAAAGUAGGUGAUGUGCGACUCAAAUGCUUACAAGCCCUCCAGCCCUUGUAUGCCAGUGAAGAACUCAAAGGGAAGCUGGAACUCUUCACCAGCAAGUUCAAAGAUCGUAUUGUGGCCAUGACUCUGGACAAGGAAUAUGAUGUUGCUGUUCAGGCAGUGAAACUGGUGAUCUCUAUUCUCAAAUAUCACAGGGAUAUUUUGACAGACAAAGACUGUGAACAUGUGUAUGAACUUGUGUACUCUUCCCAUCGUGCCGUUGCACAAGCAGCAGGAGAGUUCUUGAAUGAGCGUCUUUUCAUUCCUGAUGACGAGGCUGUUGCUGCUCUGAGAACAAAGCGUGGCAAGAAGCGUAGACCUAACACUCCCCUCAUCAGAGAUUUGGUUCAGUUCUUCAUUGAGUCUGAGUUACAUGAGCAUGGAGCAUAUUUGGUGGAUUCUCUUAUUGAAAGCAAUGACAUGAUGAAGGACUGGGAGUGCAUGACAGAUCUCCUCCUGGAAGAACCUGGGCCAAUGGAAGAACCCUUAGAUGAUCGUCAAGAGACCAGUCUUAUAGAAAUCAUGGUUUGCUGCAUCAAGCAAGGAGCCACAGGAGAACCUCCUGUUGGUAGAGGCCCAACAAGGAAGCAAAUACUGUCAGCCAAAGAGGUUAAGCAAGUGAAUGAUGACAGAGCAAAGUUAACAGAACACUUAAUCCCAACAUUGCCACAACUUCUGCACAAGUAUUUGGCUGACCCAGAGAAGGUAGCCAACCUCCUCCUCAUCCCUCAGUACUUUGACUUGGAAAUAUACACUACAAGCAGACAAGAGAAGAAUUUGGACUUGCUCCUGAAGCUUAUUCAAGAAGUGGCUGAUAAGCACAGUGACACUGAGGUAUUGGAAACAGCAGCAAAGACCUUAGAGAUCCUGUGUAAUGAUGACUACACUAUAUACUCCCGGUGUGACAUUGCAAGGUCCUCUCUAUUAGACAUGGUGGUCAACAAGUACAAAGAAGCUAAUGAUGAAUACCUCACCCUUAUUGAUGGUGAGGAGGAACCUGAUGAAGAUGAAACCUUUGCUUUGGUAUCAUCUGUGAAGAAAGUGUCCAUCUUUUAUUCCUGCCACAACAUGGGCCCAUGCAAUAUUUGGGAUUCACUGUACAAAAACAUCAGCUAUGCUAUUGAUGGCAGUAAAUCUCUACCAGAGGAGGCAACAAAGUACUGCAUUUCUUCAUGCUUCUUUGGUGUUAUGUGGGAACUGCACCAAAUAGAAAUGGACAAGCGGACUAUUACACAUGAUGCCGUUGAAGCUCUACGUACUCGUCUGCACCUGUUCUUGGAUGCAUGCAAACACCUAUUGGCUAAUUCAAACAACCAAGUCUUCAGAGAGGAGGCUUAUGUGACAUUGUGUGAUCUUCUGAUUGUGUUCAGCCGUCAGUUGUUGGCCAAUGCACAUCUGGCUCCUCUGGUGUAUGUGCCAGACAGGGGCCUGCAGCAUCUCCUCAACCACUUCAUUCAAACCUACGUAUUUAUUGAUGAUGAGGAUGAAGAACAAGAUGAACACGUCAAAAUUGAAGAACUCCACAAAAGACGUAACUUCCUUGCCACUUUUUGCAAGUUAAUUGUGUACAAUGUUCUGCCAACAAAGGUUGCUGCAGAUGUCUUCAAACAUUAUGUCAGAUAUUAUGAUGAUUAUGGCGAUAUCAUCAAGGCCACCUUGGGCAAAGCCCGUGAGAUUAAUAAGGUGAACUCUGCCAGAACCAUGGCAUUGGCCCUUACAAUGAUCUUCCGAGAACUUCACAAAGAUAAUGUGAGAAUCAACAGGCAAGGUGUAGACUUCAUUAGUCUCAAGGAACUGGCCAAACGAUUUGCAUUGUCCUUCGGUCUUGAUGCUGUGAAAAAUCGUGAGGCAAUUACUGCGCUUCACCGGGAAGGCAUUCUGUUUGCUGUUAACCCGCUUGAAAACCCUGCUGAUCCUACAGGACCUCCUCCCAACCUUGCUUUCUUGGAGAUAUUAACUGAAUUCACAAAUAAGCUCUUGAAACAGGACAAGAGAGUUGUGCUUGCAUACCUUGAUCGUCGCAUAGCUGCUGGUAUGCCAAGCUCAAGAGGGGAGGACUGGCAGCCAUUACUUAUGUAUCGCAAUUCACUGGUGCACGGAGAGGGUGAUCAGCCACCUCAGACCUCUAAGCGUGCCUACACCCGCAAGCGCAAACAUGUUGAUGAUGAUGACGAUGACGAUGAAGAUGAUGAUGCUGGAUUCCAGCCACCCAUCGAGGAACCUCGUGAGACGGGACGCCCCAAGAGACGAAGAAGGCUGGAACAGACACACCCAGAUAUCAUUGGUCGUACCAUCCGUCACAAAUGGUACAUCGACGGAGAAGGGGUGUACUGUACUGGUACAGUUCUGGGUAUUUCUGCCCCAGGGACAAUCCCUGAAGAGUCAGAUGACGGCCAGUUCAUCAAUGGCACAUGUUAUGACAUUCAGUAUGAUGAUGAGGACUUUGUGAGGCACUUGAUUCUUGAGGGAGACUGGCAGAGAGGAGACAUUGCUGUUUUGGGUCGUGCGGAUAAUGUGCCAUAAACCGUUUUCAGUGUAUGUUUUAUAGCUAUUUUAAUAUUCUGGAUUAGCUGUACAAGUUUUCUGAAGAUCUUCCUUGGUCUGUCAUUUACUUUGUAUGUUUCUAUUUAGAAGUUAAAUUUCCAGAAUAAAAUAAUUUUCAAGAGUGAAUGUGUGUGUGUGUGUGUGUAUAUGGUGUGUUUGUAAUUGUAUCAUUAAUUCACCCAGUAGAAGUCAUGUUUUGGGACCUGUGUAAGUGACUUUUAAAAUAUUUAGAGAUAUAUGUAGUCUAUUUUUACAGAGCUAUUCAGAAAGGGUUAUUUGAUCUCGGAAAAAGUUUGUAUUUUGUACUAGAUUUCUGACAAAGAAGGAAGGAUCCUGAUAUUUAGAAUCCAGAGAGAAUCCUAUUAAAUUUUAGUUUUAUUUAUACUUUGUUCAGUAUUUGUAAGUAAUGUAUUGCUGAAAUUUUGAAAGUUUCAAGCAGUGGACAAAUUUUAUUAAUAAAUUUUUCUAAGGAAA